AUGCAAUUUGAAUUAGAUUUGUUAAAACAAGAGAAUACAAGACUUACGAUCAGAAUCGCAGAAUUGGAACAUAUCCCGAAAGAAAACAAUGAGCUUAUUGAUACCUUUUCUACUGCUAGUGUUCAUCGCCUUAACCUAGGUAGUUUCAAAAGAUUCCCUCGAAAGAACGCUGCGAAUAGUUCUUUCAGUUUUGACUUUUUUGAUAGUCAAGUAAAUUCCUUAGGUUUUUCUUCAGCUAAUAUGAAACAGCUAAAGCACGUAUCCACGGAGUCUUUAAUUAAAGCGCGUAGAUCCUUAGGAUUUGAUUCUAAGGACAAUGACAAAAUAUUUGGUGAUUUCACCUUAGAAGAAAAGAACGAAUUAUUGAGUCAACAACCAAACUCUAAAGUCACUACAGAACAUAUAAGUCACGAAAAUUGCGUUACAAAGAACGAUUAUAAAAUGUCCGAGUCAUCAACGGCGCUUUCGACAUUGAAUUUUAAAAAAACACCUGCGAAAAGAUAUAAGCUUAAAGAUUUUGUGUCUCCUCAUAAAUUUUCACUAUCGAUAUUAAUAUUUAAUCUUAUUGAAGGUGGUUAUAAAUUAAUUGUGUGGAAAUUGCGAGUUUAG